GCCUUCCUUCCAGGAAGCGCCGCCGCCGCCGCGACCGCUAUGCAUUGUGGGGCAGCGGCAGCAGAUCCAAGAUGGCGGCCAGCAGGAGGCUGAUGAAGGAGCUUGAAGAAAUCCGCAAAUGUGGAAUGAAGAAUUUCCGUAAUAUCCAGGUGGACGAAGCUAACUUAUUGACUUGGCAAGGGCUUAUUGUUCCCGACAACCCUCCAUACGACAAGGGGGCGUUCAGAAUCGAAAUCAACUUUCCUGCAGAGUAUCCAUUCAAACCUCCCAAGAUUACAUUUAAAACGAAAAUCUAUCACCCUAACAUCGAUGAAAAGGGGCAGGUUUGCCUGCCAGUAAUUAGUGCUGAAAACUGGAAACCAGCUACUAAAACUGAUCAAGUAAUCCAGUCCCUCAUAGCCCUGGUGAACGAUCCUCAACCAGAGCACCCCCUUCGAGCCGACUUAGCCGAAGAAUACUCUAAGGACCGUAAAAAAUUCUGUAAGAAUGCUGAAGAGUUUACAAAGAAAUAUGGUGAAAAACGACCAGUGGACUAAACAAAAAAAAAAAAAAGACGACAACAACAAAAACAAAACACAACAAAAACAACAACAAAAACAAAAAAACACCUGACCGAGUUUGAUGUCAGCAAUGUGUGAUAGAAGAGCUGAAGAAGUGCAUUUCAGACACAAUCCCCAAAGCAGGACUCUCUAUGGAAAUUGACAAGUUAUCACCUCUUGGUGUUUUAACUUGUGGCUGUUAAAACUAACUUUCUACCGUUUCUUAAUCAAAAGUGGUCUAGGUAAUCUGUAAAGAAAGGAUUAAAAAUUUAAGAUGUUCUAGUUCUGCUUUCUUUGUUUAAAAUCACUGCUUUAAUGUACUUUUAAAGAAUGCUGUUUCUUUUUCUUUUUUCUUUUGUUUUUCUCCUCACAAUUUAUCAGAAAGUCUUAGGCUUAUAACUCGCCCUUAAAAUUCAGGUCGCGGCUGUUAUUUCUUAUUUUCCUUUACAGUUCUCUUUUUGUUUUCCUCCAUCAUUUCUUGGUUGCCCCUUAUCCUUCCCUCUUCCCUUCUUCCUCCUGUCCCCCCACCCCACCCCAUCCCCCAAGACAGAAGAAAACAAAACCACACGUAACUUAAUUUCUAAGAAAAUAGAAAGACAUUUUUUUUGGGGGGGGGGGAAUUAGCUGUUUGUUUUUCCCUGUCUUAAACUUUGCACUGUUUCGUGGACGUGGGUCCAAGGUGUAUUUCUUUUCUUUUUUUCUCAACUUAAGUUUGUCACACCAAAAAAAACACCCACCAGAAUCAACCCCAGAACUGUUGUAAAUCUGGCUGAUGUGGUUACGAUAAUGUUUAUUAAAACGGGGAACUCCAAGCAUUGCGUGCAUGAAUGAAUUUUACCACGUGGCUUGCGUUUCUGUUUUAAGGGGAGGAAAUUUUGGCGCGAAAUAUUCUAUAGGAAAGGAAUAGCGGAGUGUAAUUUUCUUUCUCUCCCCCCCUCCUCUUUUUUUUUUUUAAAAAAAUUACUCUUCACUUUUAUUCUUUAGUAUCUAUGCAGGCUACCUAGAAUAAAGACGGACUCAAGUCCAAUUUGUGAGAAUUUCAAAUAUGGGACCAAGAGGUACCAAAAGCAGAACUAAUCUACCAACCAAGCAAAGCUAGCUCCUUAUUUUGUUAUCCUUCCUAGCUGAGAGACUUAACUGGGGAAAUCCUUCUCGAAAACUUAAGUUCCGAAGAACAGAAACCUAGCCACACAAAAAAAAUCCUCGCCAUUUACCUCUUUUUCCCUGUGCAAAACGACAAAAGCUUAAUUUUCUCCUAAUAAUAGAUUGGUUUGAUCGAUCGUCAUCCAAAACGUAAGCGAUUUCCAUUAAGCAAUAACCCGUGCCCAUCGCGAAAUUGAGCAGUUGCCUUUCCCCGUUUAAAAAAAAAAAAUACCCGUACAUGAAAUAUGGCAUUCUAAGGAUUAAACAUUGAUUCGGCGAAGUUUUAAUUCAACCCCAGCUGUCCCCGCUCCAAGUUAAGGGGUUCUUUCCCCGCGGAGAUCCGAACCACCCCGUUUAAUGUUGUGUCGCGUUUUAAGGUGGGCAAAAAUGCAACUUGGGUUACGUGACAUAGUGACUCUUUCCCUCUGGCUGCUCAGUUUUAAAAUGCCUGGCUUUUAAGUGAGCAUUUUCAACCCCAUUUCUCCGAAACCUGCAGUGAAGAACAAAGUGCGUAACCGUUUCUCUCUUGCAUGUCUUCGCUUUCAUUUAGAUCUCUCGGCAUUUCCGGUGGGUUUUUUAAUUUUUUUUUUUCCAGGAAUCUGGAAUCCUUGUUCGGUCUUUUUGCCAUUUUUAGGGAACUGAAUGUAUGGUUGGAGAAGCCGUAGAAAUAGCAUUUCCAGUUUUAAUUAUUAUUAUUAUCAUUAUUAUUUUGCGUACACCUUUCCAUCUCCUCCACUCCAGCUUUUUGAUUUUAAACUGUACAAGAUUGACAGCCAGGUACCUCUGUUUGAAAAGUAGAAAGAAAGGGAAAAAAAGAAAGUUUUCUUUUUUCUUUUAUUUUUUUCCUUAUCAGUUGGGGUAUGAAACAUCUCUGUUUUACGUGUUCUUAGACACAUUCUUUGGUAGGCGAUUAAAGUUUAAAAAAAAAAUACCUUUAAUGGACACUUGCAUUUCCUUAAUUGUGUGUGUAGGCUUGUCUAUUACCGAAAUCUCCACAACUUUUGUGUCUUCAUUUGCAGAAAGUUGGAACUGACUUUGUUUCAUUCACGCUCACUCCGAUUCAAAAUAAACAAAAAAAAAAAAGCCAAAUUUUACCUGUCAAA